GAUCGGCUACUGGUAUUCUGUAUCUCCCUACAGGUGGGAAAUAUAUCCUUAUCAAAAAAGUUUGCUAAGUCUAUCUGGCGUCGAUAGAGAGACUUGCUAGUUCAUAAGUAAUCAUGGCAACACGGUGGGGAAUCUGCAGUGCAGGGAAAAUCAGCCACGACUUUUCAGUUGCUCUGAGGACCCUACCUCACGACGACCACCAGAUUGUGGCUGUUGCUGCUCGGAAUCUCCAUCAUGCACAAGAGUUUGCCAAAAAGCACAACAUCCCAAGAGUCUAUGGGAGCUAUGAGGAGCUAGCAAAAGACUCAGACAUAGAUGUGGUGUAUGUGGGAACCAUCCACUCUCACCACCUGAGCACAGGUAAGCUCUUCUUGACCUCCCAUAAGAACGUGCUCAUAGAGAAACCCUUGGCCAUGAAUCUAAGAGAGGUACUGGAGCUCACCAACACAGCCAAGGAGAAUGAUGUCUUUCUGAUGGAGGCCAUCUGGACUCGUUUCUUCCCUGUGUCUGUAGAGGUGGGCAGGCUGCUGGGCCAGGGUGAGGUGGGAGAGGUCCAGAUGGUAAGGGCCGACCUGGGAGCCCCCCUCACACACAUCCCUCGCCUGACCCAUAGAGAGCUGGGUGGAGGGGCACUACUGACCUUGGGGAUCUACUGCCUGCAGUUUGUCUUCAUGGUGUUCAAUGGGGAGAGACCGGAGUCCAUCCAAGCCAUGGGAUACUGUAUUGACACAGGAGUGGAUGGAACAGUAGUUUUGGUCUUAAAGUUCUCUGGGAACAGAAUGGCUGUGUGCACGUGCUCCAUCACGAUGAUGCUGACAAAUGAUGCUGUUAUCACUGGGACCAAGGGGACCAUCAAGGUCCCCAACCACAUGUGGUGUCCUACGAGCCUGGAGGUGAAUGGAGAGGUGAUGCAAUACCCUCUCCCUGAGCCCAGCCUUCCCCUCAACUUCAUUCACAGUACUGGGCUGCGCUACGAAGCAGAGGAGGUCAGGCAGUGUCUGCUUAAAGAGCUGAAGGAGAGCUCUGGAAUGCCUUGGUCACACUCACACCUUCUCGCCGAGGUCAUGGAUGAAGCCAGAAGACAAGUGGGAGUGACAUAUAAUCAAGACAGCAUCCAAUGAGAAAUAAUGCAGCCCAAGUCCCCCUUUCUCAGUCAUGGAUGCACUCUCUACCGAUGCUAGUCAGCAGGUGACUUCAGUCCAAUGAAUGCUAUAGGUUAUGCUGUUAUGAUGGUUAAACUAAGGGGGUGUGCUUGUGUGGCGGCUCCCUCUGAUCUGCCUGGUAAUAAUGGGCUGUGUCCCAAAUGGCACCAUAUUCCCUUUAUGGUGCACACCAGUGCAUGAAUCCUGGUCAAAGUAGUGAACAGGGUGCCAUUUGGGAUGCAGACAUGGUCUCAGGAGGUUUUAAUAACUUAUGAGGCUAAUCGGCCUAUGAUGUUUAUUUCAUGAGGACCAACCCAUUCAUGGUGAUUUUUUUUAAUGGAUAUGUGCCAGUUAUGUUCAGCUUGCCAGCAUCCAUCCUAUUGAGUUUGCUGUUUUGCUUGUUUGACCUCAAGCGAUUGGCCAGUCACUUAGUAGGUAAUAGGUUACAACAGAACAGACUACGUGUUACCUUGCUAGUUAGAGAGAACAUUGAUCUCCAGAUUGGAGUUGAGUGCAAUACUCCUCAUUCUGCUAAUGUAACAUAGGCUACCACCACUGCAGGGGAGAUGAUCAGCAGGCCUAUUGCUUAUUUCCUUAUUUUUCUAUAAUUUUGGAAAGUGACUAAUUAUGGCCACAACAAGGUCAAGGUCAUCCAAGGUCACACAGAGGUUCUUAGCAGUCUGGGAGGUUGUGUCACAGACCGAGUCUCCGUGCCAUAGAAAUUCAGACAUAAAACCAGACGUUUAUUGAAGUUGUGUAUUGAUUGCAUUGAUGAGGACGCUCAUUAAAUAAUUGUAAAGAUAUCCUCAUUAGUUCACCUGUAAAAGAGAGAUAUGCAUGUUUAGUGCUUCUACACCUGCAUUGCUUGCUGUUUGGGGUUUUAGGCUGGAUUUCUGUACAGCACAGAUAUAUCAGCUGACGUAAGAAGGGCUAUAUAAAUAAAUUAGAUUUUUGAUUUUUUGUUUUGUUUAGUCGGAACGUUGGUAAUUGGUUUUAGAGCGUGAAUGUUAAUAUAAGGAUGUUGUUUUAAAGAGACUACUAAUGUAAUGAAAUGAGAUCACCAUUUAUAUGGAUAAAUAAAUGUGUUACAAUUAACGUUAUUGAAAGAGCUGUUAGUUCCUGGUGCGUCUCCCACAAAGGUGUCAAAUGUGCGCUCAGGAGGGGAAGGUUUAUCCUGUGACGGGAGUAUGGCAAAGUUAGCUAAUUCCCGGGGAAGACAUGGUUGUAUCAAUGUGUUAUUUAUGCUUAAAGAAUGGUUUAAACCACUUAUUAAUGUGUGGAUACACAGGCAUAUUUAAAGUCUAAGUUGUUUUGAAUGAGUUCGAUUUGUGAUUUAAUUAAGUUCCCUUUGAAUCAGCUGUUGUUUUCUCUAAGGAGAAAAGCAUGCACACAUUUAAAAACUAUACGUUACUUAUCCUUUUAUCUAUAAAAUGUCUUGCACAACUAGCUAAUUUUGGUUUGAUUACUUUGCACAUUUAUUUUGGGAUUCCACCCCUGUAAAUGUGAUUUGCCUGAUGAGGCACGAGUGGUGUAAUUUCAUUGAAGUGCAUUUGUCUCCACGUUUCCUCACCUCUGCUUCUCGAUUACCUUUGACCUUUUUCAAAAGCAGGACAGGACUGAGGAGCAACGAGCAAAACCAAUUGAGAUUCUCCCAAUAAUUGUGCACUUGCUCCCCUCCCCUGUCGUUCUGCCCCUGAACAGGCAGUUAACCUGUCUUUCAAAAUAAGAAUUUGUUCUUAACUGACUUGCCUAGGUAAAAAAAAUAAAUCAAAUAUAAAUA